AGUCUUAUUCUAGCUGUGGUCAUAUUCAGUUCAUUCUUUAAAAAAAAAACCGCGAUAUAAAUAUACUCGUAAAUUAUUGAAGGACAAUCAAAAAAAAUUAAUUUAUUUCACAAUGACCGCGUCGAACGGUAAUGUCGUCAAGGACGACGAGAAUCGAUUGUCACAAUAUAAGUCGAACAUUACUUUGGGUGAAUCCUUCGCAGCAAACGACAAGGAUCGGAAAAGCUUUGAACCGAAUAAGUCUAAGAAUAAAUCCAAGAAUGACAAAUCUGAGGACAACGAAGACGAGGACAAGCCAAAAGAUGAGGUCAAACCAGUUAGUUUCUUUAAAAUGUUUCGCUAUGCCACAACCCAGGAUCGUAUUCUUUACUUUAUUGGAUUUCUCGGUGCUAUCGCCACGGGCCUAACAACGCCAGCAAACAGCUUAAUUUUUGGUGAUCUCACAAAUGACAUGAUUGAUUUAAGCGGCUUAGUUGAAGGUGCCAAAUAUAAGAGUGACGAUUAUAAUUCCAACGCCUUGAUGGACGCCGUCCAGGAUUUUUCACUGAAGAAUACAUAUAUUGGAAUAGUGAUGCUCGUCUGCAGUUACAUCUCCAUCACCUGCUUCAAUUAUGCCGCCCACUCGCAAAUUAUGUCGAUACGUUCCAAGUUCUUUAAAUCGGUGCUGCAUCAAGAUAUGAGCUGGUAUGACUUUAAUCAGAGCGGUGAGGUGGCCAGUCGAAUGAAUGAAGAUCUUUCGAAAAUGGAGGAUGGUCUGGGUGAGAAAGUCGUGAUCUUUGUGCACUUUAUAGUCGCAUUUAUUGGAUCGAUCGUACUUGCCUUUGUCAAGGGCUGGCAGCUAGCCCUGGUGUGUCUGACCAGUUUGCCGGUCACCUUCGUCGCAAUGGGCUUUGUGGCCAUUGCCACCUCGAAGCUGGCCAAGCAGGAAGUGAAUAUCUAUGCCAAGGCCUCUGUCGUAGCCGAAGAGGCUCUCUCCGGUGUGCGUACAGUGAAGGCUUUUGAGGGGGAGUACAAGGAAGUUUCUGCCUACAAGUCAAAAGUGGUUGCCGCCAAGGAGCUGAAUAUUAAGCGCAACAUGUUCUCCGGAAUGGGAUUUGGUCUGCUGUGGUUCUUCAUCUAUGCCUCGUAUGCUUUGGCCUUCUGGUACGGUGUCGGCUUGGUCAUCAAGGGUCGCCAUGAGCCCUACUUUGCCAACUAUGAUCCCGGCACCAUGAUCACAGUUUUCUUCUCCAUUAUGAUGGGCUCCAUGAACAUUGGCAUGGCGUCGCCAUAUAUUGAGGCAUUUGGCAUUGCUAAAGGUGCCUGUGCCAAGGUGUUCCAAAUCAUUGAGCAGAUUCCAACCAUUAAUCCCCUCGAGCCGCGCGGCAAGAACCUCGAUGAGCCGCUGACGACAAUUGAAUUCCGUGAUGUAGAGUUCCAGUAUCCCACCCGCAAGGAGGUUCCCAUUCUGAACAAACUGAACAUGAAGAUUAAUCGUGGCCAGACUGUGGCCUUGGUGGGACCCUCGGGAUGCGGCAAGUCUACCUGCAUUCAGCUGAUUCAGCGCUAUUACGAUCCCCAGGGCGGUGACCUCUUCUUCAACGGCACUAACAUCAAGGACAUCAACAUCAAUUGGCUGCGUGAGCGCAUCGGAGUCGUCGGCCAGGAACCCGUGCUCUUUGGCCAGUCCAUCUACGAGAAUAUACGCUAUGGCCGCGAGGAUGCCACCAGGGAGGACAUCGAGGCAGCUGCUGCAGCUGCAAACGCUGCCAUCUUCAUCAAGAAGCUGCCCAAGGGCUACGACACUCUGGUGGGUGAACGUGGCGCCCAGUUAUCCGGUGGCCAGAAGCAGCGUAUUGCCAUUGCCCGUGCAUUGAUUCGUGAUCCCGAAAUCCUACUGCUGGAUGAGGCAACAUCCGCUUUAGAUACGGCCAGUGAGGCAAAGGUGCAGGCUGCUCUGGAGAAGGUCAGCCAAGGACGCACCACAAUCAUUGUGGCCCAUCGUCUGUCCACUGUGCGACGUGCCGACCGAAUUGUUGUGAUCAACAACGGACAGAUCGUGGAGAGCGGAACCCACCAGGAGCUGAUGAUGCUGAAGAAUCACUACUUCAAUUUGGUAACCACACAGAUGGGAGAUGAUGAUGGCACUGUACUGAGUCCCACUGGCGAUAUCUACAAGAACUUUGACAUUAAGGAUGAGGACGAACAGGAGAUCCAGAUACUUCAAGAAGAAGACGAAGCUGAGGACAAGAAGAAAGAUAAAAAGAAAAAGAAUAAGGAACCAUCCCCCCUCAUGGGUGUGAUGAGAAUGAACAAACCCGAAUGGCCCCAAAUCACCGUGGGUUGCAUCAGCUCAAUUAUUAUGGGUUGUGCCAUGCCCGUGUUUGCUCUGCUCUUUGGCAGCAUUAUCCAGGUAAUGCAAUCGAAGGAUGACGACUACGUUCGGGAGAACACAAACCAAUACAGUCUGUACUUCCUCAUCGCCGGCAUUGUGGUCGGCAUAUCCACAUUCAUGCAAAUCUUCUGCUUCGGCAUUGCGGGUGAACGUCUCACGGAGCGACUGAGAGGACUCAUGUUCGAGGCGAUGCUCAAGCAGGAAGUGUCCUGGUUCGAUGACCGCGCCAACGGCACUGGAAGCCUCUGUGCUCGCCUGUCUGGAGAUGCCGCGGCGGUGCAAGGUGCCACAGGUCAGCGCAUUGGCAGCAUUAUCCAAUCGAUUGCAACCAUCGUCUUGGGCGUUGCAUUGGCCAUGUAUUACGAGUGGAGUUUGGGCCUGGUGGCAAUGGCCUUUAUGCCCUUCAUUCUCAUCUCCUUCUAUCUGCAACGCACGGUGAUGGCCCAGGAGAAUAUGGGCAAUGCCAAGAUCAUGGAGAACACUACAAAACUGGCUGUUGAGGUCGUCUCCAAUAUUCGCACUGUGGUUUCCUUGGGUCGUGAGGAUAUGUUCCAUUCGCAAUAUAUUAAUAUGCUGACACCUGCUGUUGAAAAAUCUAAGAAGAAUACGCACUAUAGAGGUAUUGUCUAUGGUAUGGCUAGAUCCAUGAUGUUCUUCGCUUAUGCUGCAUGCAUGUACUAUGGAGGUUGGUGUGUGGUCAAUCGAGGCCUGCUUUUCGGUGAUGUCUUCAAAGUAUCCCAGGCGUUGAUUAUGGGCACGGCAUCGAUUGCCAGUGCUUUGGCCUUUGCUCCCAACAUGCAGAAGGGUGUGAGUGCGGCUCAAACCAUCUUGAAGUUCCUCGAUCGGAAACCUCUCAUCGCCGACAGUCCCGGUGUCUCGAUGAAGCCGUGGCACUCCAACGGCAAUGUGCUCUUCGAUAAGGUGGAGUUCAGCUAUCCCACCCGUCAGGAGAUUCAGGUGCUUCAGGGACUUCUUCUUGCGGUUCAAAGUGGGCAAAAGGUGGCACUGGUGGGUCCAUCGGGAUGUGGCAAAUCCACAUGCAUUCAGUUGCUGCAACGUUUCUACGAUGUCGAUGCUGGUUCCUUGCAAAUUGAUGAGCACGAUAUCCGCCAGUUGGCCAUAACGAACCUCCGCAUGCAGCUGGGCAUUGUUUCCCAGGAGCCAAUACUCUUUGAUCGCACAAUUCGCGAGAAUAUUGCAUAUGGUGACAAUUCCAGAAUUGUCACGGAUCAGGAGAUUCUAGCUGCGGCCCAGAAGUCCAACAUACAUCAAUUUAUCACAGCCUUACCACUGGGCUAUGAGACACGCAUGGGAGAGAAGGGCGCACAGCUAUCCGGCGGACAGAAACAGCGAAUCGCCAUUGCACGUGCUCUUAUUAGAAACCCAAAGAUACUUUUGCUGGAUGAGGCCACCUCAGCCUUGGAUGCGGAAAGUGAAAAGAUCGUUCAAGAGGCCUUGGAUGCUGCCGCGGAAGGACGCACUACCAUUAGCAUAGCUCACAGAUUAUCCACCAUCGUCGACUCGGAUGUCAUCUAUGUGUUCGAGAACGGAGUCGUCUGUGAAAGCGGCAGCCACAAAGAGCUCCUCCAGAAUCGUGGUCUCUAUUAUACACUGUACAAAUUACAAACAGGAGCUGCGUAAAAUUGUAAUACUCUCCGUCUAGUCAAAACAAUAGCGAUCAAUGAUAAAACCCCAUUAGUAUUAAACUGUAUUAUAGACACACACAUAGAUAUUUAAGCAUCGAUAAGAACGUUAAUAGAGCCUAAGAUUAAAGAUAAACGAACUGUUAAUUUAUCAAAUUUUGAAUAAAGAACAAAGUGAAAAGAAA